UAUCUCUAGCAUCCGCACAGGGGUGGGGGAACUAUCAACUCUUAACUCCAGUUCUAGAGGAUCCAACAUCCUCUUCUGGGGCCUCCAUGGAUACUUUACACACAGGGUGCACAGGUAAACAUGCAGGCAAAGUAAUCAUAUGCAUGAAAUAAAGCCACCUAAAAUAAAUUAAACCAACCAACCAGUGCUGGGGAUGGUGGCACGCAUCACUCAGGCAGCAGGGGCAGGUGGAUCUGGUCUACAGGAACAGAGCAAGCUCCAGGCCAGCUAGGGCUAAAUAAUGAGACUCUGUCACAAACAAACAAACAAACAAACAAACAAACAAACAAACAUUAAUAGGUUUUCUUUCUCCCAGGGUGGUUUCCAAUUUGUAGCAACAUUCCUGCCUCAGCCUAAAUUUGGGGAUACAGGUAAGAGCCACUAUGGUCAGCUACCCUCCCCAGUUUUGCUCCCAUGAGAUAAGAUUUACCUCCUUUCAGAAUUUAUGUAAAACACUUAUUGGGGUAGGGAAGAGUAGUCUGUGUUAGCCUAUAACCGAAGUAUAUGUGAGGACCUGGGUUCAAGUCCCAGCCCCACCUAAAUAACUCCACACCAAAACAAAAACACACACGCGCGCGCGCACACACACACACACACACACAGAAUUUGAAAAAAGCCAAUAAGAAGCAUAGGACACUUCACAGGCAUCCUCAAAUAAUAGUUUGAGACAGUAGAGUUCCUAGGCCUUUACUUUUUUUUUUUUUUUUUUUUUUGAAGCUGGGGACCGAACCCAGGGCCUUCCGCUUGCUAGGCAAGCGCUCUACCACUGAGCUAAAUCCCCAACCCCAAGCCUUUACUUUCAUGUAGUAGCAAUCAUCUGCCAAUAGUAAACAUGGCUGCAUUUCCCUUAGCGCUUCGCCUUCUGUCAGUAGUAAGCAUGGCCGUAUCUACUUCCGCUAGGCCAGGGGUCAAAGGUGAGGCAAGAUGGCGGCGCCCAUAAACGGUUGAGGCGUGAAGCGAAGGAUGCUGGCGGUGGCCCGGGCUCUGCUGGAGCGGCGGCUGAGCUGGCCGGUACCGGCUCGCGAGCACUGGAGACCGGCCGGCCGUUCACGGAGCCGGCGAGAAGCAGCUGAGGCCGAGGCGGACGCUCCGGUGUUCCAGUACGUGGGCGAGCGCGCGGCUCGCGCCGAUCGCGUGUUCGUAUGGGGCUUCAGCUUCUCCGGGGCUCUCGGAGUGCCCAGCUUCGUGGUGCCGUCCUCGGGGCCCGGACCGCGCGCCGGCCUGAGGCCCCGACGUAGGAUCCAGCCGGUACCCUACCGUCUGGAGCUGGACCAUAAGAUUUCCUCUGCUGCCUGUGGCUAUGGAUUCACAUUGCUGUCCUCGAAAACCAAGGAUGUUACGAAAGUCUGGGGCAUGGGACUCAACAAAGAUUCCCAGCUUGGAUUUCACAGGAGCCGGAAGGAUAAAACCAGGGGCUAUGAGUAUGUCCUGGAGCCCUCGCCUGUCCCGCUGCCCCUGGACAGACCUCAGGAGACAAAGGUGUUGCAGGUGUCCUGUGGUCGAGCACACUCCCUUGUCCUGACAGACAGAGAAGGUGUCUUCAGCAUGGGGAACAAUGCCCACGGGCAGUGUGGACGGAAGGUGGUGGAGGACGAAGUAUACAGUGAGAGUCACAAAGUGCACAGGAUGCAGGACUUCGAGGGACAGGUGGUCCAGGUUGUCUGCGGUCAGGACCACAGCCUGUUCCUCACAGACAAAGGUGAAGUCUAUUCUUGUGGAUGGGGUGCCGAUGGACAGACAGGCCUGGGUCACUACAACAUCACCAGCACACCCAGCAAGCUGGGCGGAGACCUUGCCGGGGUGACUGUUGUCCAGGUUGCUACCUACGGUGACUGCUGCUUGGCUUUGUCGGCCGAUGGAGGUGUCUUUGGCUGGGGAAAUUCUGAGUACCUGCAGCUGGCCUCGGUCACAGACUCCACACAGGUGAAUGUCCCUCGGUGCCUGCCUUUCUCCGGAGUAGGCAAGGUGAAGCAGGUGGCUUGUGGUGGCACAGGCUGUGCUAUACUGAAUGACAAGGGUGAGCUGUUUGUGUGGGGCAAGAACAUCCGAGGGUGCCUUGGCAUUGGACGCCUGGAAGACCAGUACUUCCCAUGGAGGGUGACGAUGCCAGGUGAGCCUGUGGACGUGGCUUGUGGAGUGGAUCACAUGGUGACUCUAGCCAAGUCCUUCAUCUGAACCUCUCUCUGGGCCUAUCUCCUGCUGGCCCCCGCCUGUAGCUAUAAGGACAGCUAUGGCUUGGCAGAAACCAGCAGAGUUUCUGAGGGUACAGGGAGAGAGAUCCAGGGCCUCUGUGGAGCAGGGUGCCUGCUCUGUGUCCUCAGUGGGAAUGUUGUACGAGGAGUUGUGGACAAGGCCCUACACCCGCUGAGGCUCCUGCCUGCUGAACUCGGCUCAGGAUGGCUACUGUUGGCUUGGCAUGUUCCUGAGGAGUACCAGGGCAUGAAGACCUUGGGUGCCCAGGCAGAUUCCUUUUCCAAGUAACACAUGAUAGCAUCUGGGGAUGUGUCUAGUCUGAGACACUAUUUUUAGGGAAAGUUCACUGCUCAUGACACAUUUGAUAAUAAAGUUUAGAGACAUGACAGGGCACUCAGAAGAACCUGUAGUCUCCUGUCACAAGAGGAUAAACUUGGGCCUCAGCUCAGCAAGAGAGCCAGCUGACUUCAGUGAGGGCCUCUCUGAUCAGCUGUCACCCCAGAGGUUCCCCAGAACACAGUCCAGGAGCCCAGAAUGCCUUGGCUUGAACUCUUCAUGGAGUGGCCAGUGGGAGCCGUGCAGUAUCCCAGCUUUGGAACUUCCUCACUCCCUGGCUCUGAGCAGCCCAGAAGCCCCUGAAGAAAGAAGUUGAAGGCCAAAUGCUUGUGGGCUGAGGGCUGUGGAAUCUUGGCUGAAGGGCCGGCCUCAGAAACUGGGAAAAUACUUGUUUUUAAAAAGCUUGUCGCUUCCUUUCAGAACAGUGUUUGGAAGGUCUUUUGGAAUAAAGUCUAUUUUCUGCCUUUUUAAA